AUCUAAAAUAAUAUAAAAUUUAAAAUGUCGAGAGCAAACAAGAAGAACGUCAGAACGAGUGACAAGACUGUCCUAAAAUCUGAUGUAAUAGGCAAGUUCUUGACUGACUUCACUUACAGUGAGGACUGGCAAGGUAUGCGCUUCGUCCGUCUGGAAUGUCCUAACAAGAAAGUGGAUGGUCUGGACAAAGCUUUGCUUGAAUUCAAAUUCCUCAGGUUCAUCAACCUCGAGAACAACAAUAUUGGAGAUGUCUCGCUCUUCCAGACCUUUGAAAGCUUGGUGCAUCUGAACCUUAAUAAGAACAAGAUCAAGAACUUGAACGCAUUCAAUGGAGAGGAAUUCUUUCCAAACCUAAAGAAAUUGGAACUGGCUGAUAACAGCAUUUCAGAGCUUAUUCCUCUUACUGCUCCUAAGCUGGAAUACUUAGACAUCAGUAACAACAGUUGUGGAAAAUUUGAGACAUGGACAGGAAGCCCAUCUAUCAGAAUUUUUAAAGCAAUGAAAACACAGAUUAAGUCCCUCUCGAUCCUGAAAGAAAUGCCUGCUCUGGAAGAGGCUUACCUCCAAGAUACUGGGAUCAACGCCUUCAAUGGCUACGAAAAUCUGCCUGCUUUAAGAAUCUUGAAUCUCAGAGGAACUAAGAUUAACAAAAUCGAGGAAGAGUUACCAGAACUACCAGCCAUUGAAGUGAUUAACUUCAGGGAUACAGGGUUCCACACCCUGGAGAACCUAAAGAACAUCUUCCAGUUCACGACUCUGAGGGAUCUGAACAUCCUUCAGACACAUUUAGAGGAGCAUGCUUCCUCCUUCAACAUGCUGAUGGCAGAGGUACUCAACCUCUUCCAUGACUUGCAGAGGUUCUGCAAGGUCACCGUUGCAGACCAGCACAAGUACGAAGCUCUCUACCUUGCUGAGUAUAAGUGGAGGAAAGCUGAAGAAGAGAGAAAGAGAAAGGAAGAAGAAGAGAGACUUAAAGCUGAAGCAGAAGGAGCUGAUUCUUAGCAUAAUUUCUCAAUAUUUAAGUUUUAUAA